AUGGAGUCUGAGUUUGGAUGCUUCUUUCUUUCCAAUUACCGAGCAGCCGAUCUUAGUGCCUGUAUCUCGGGCGUGAGACUAAGCCCACCUGGCAAUCCCUCAUCAGGCCAAGAUCGCGAGACAGAGAGGGACAAAGAUGUUCAAGGCUCUUUCCCAAAGACACCAAGGUCACCACAGACACCUGAGCCUUCCAUUUUGGAUCACGGCCAAUCAGAGGUCGUCCACAAGCCGGUGCAGGGCGUGGGAGAAGUUACGGGAUCUGAGCGCAGUACGAAGGUGAUGCCAGCUGAGAAACGCCUCCAAGCCCCACCGAAGGGAGCCACGCAGAGCCCCGCCAGCGAGAGCCCACAAGGAGGUAUGCAAGGAGCCCAGCCUGCAAGAGUUCUCGAAGAGUUUCCAGCAUUGCCCCGUGCGGCGGCUGCUGCCGCGGCGGCCAGUGAGGCCCUGAAGCAGAGCACAGGGUUCGACGGGCUCGAGUGCAAAUCGAAGCUUCACAAUGAGAAGCCCGGGGAAAAGAAGGUUAUCGAAUCUGCAGUCGCUGGUUCCCGGCGACGAUCUUCUCAGGCGUCUGGUUCCUCUCAAACCCCGAAUACCCCUACUGUUCAGGAGACGUCUGUUGUGGAAAUGGAUGAUGAGGUGACACAGCAUCUGGAGGCUUUUUUUGCGGAUGAGGCAUCCUGGCAGAUGCUGCAGACUCAGCUUAAGAAAGACCUGACGGCAGGUCUGUCGCAAAGGAUCGCCAAUCUGCACGUUAAUCUGUUCAUGUCAGAGUUUAAGGUCAGCGUGCCAAAGCCUUAUCCUGGAGUUCAAUACAGGAAGUCGAAGGAUUUGGAAGAGCGAUAUUCCAGGUAUGCGGAAAAUGGGACCACGGUCUUUGGGCAGCUUGAGGCAGACGGCCAAUGGCUACGGAUCUCAGGCAACAUCUUCCUACCUGUCCGAGUUGGUCAAAUUCACAUCCUAGAUGAGGCUGACGAGGUGAAGGAGUCGCGUCAGCUAAGUCAGCUGGAUACAAAGCUUGUCCCUGAUGGAAAGGAGGAGGUUCCUGAUGGUUGGUUGCUUUGUUGCCCUUCCAAUGCCAAGCAAGAAGUUGCUGCAGCCCAGGCGGGUGGCGUUGCCCUGGAAAAGGCUGCAAAGCCAAUGAGAUCUGAGCAGAAGUGUUCAUGA